GUGUUUCUCUCCUGACUGGAUUCAGUUUAUAAUCACAAUAAAAAUUUAAUAUUUUAUAUUAUUAUUAUUAUUAUUUACUCUGGUUCCGGAGAAAUGGACGCGUUUAUCAUGAGAGUUCUGCUUCUACUCAGCUGUGGGUUUGCUGCUGUUUCAGCAGGAACUCACUCACUACAGUACUUCUACACUGGAGCCAGAGGAAUUAAUUUCCCAGAAUUCACUAUUGUUGGUAUGAUGGAUGGAGGCCAGUUUGUGUACUACGACAGCAACAUGAAGAAGAUGAUCCCAAAAACAGAGUGGAUAGACAAGAAUGAGGGUUCAGAUUACUGGAACACACAGACUCAGGUUCUACAGGGUUCUGAAGAGGUCUUCAAAGUUGAUGUCACUACACUGAUGCAGCGCUUCAACCAGACUGAAGGAGUUCACACGUGGCAGUGGAUGUACGGCUGUGAGCGUGAUGAUGAUGGAACUAAUCGAGGAUACAUGCAGUACGGUUAUGAUGGAGAAGAUUUCAUCAGUCUGGAUAAAAACACUCUCACCUGGACUGCAGCUAACGCUAAAGCUGUAAUUACCAAACACAAGUGGGAACCUACAGGUGAAGCUAAACGCUUCAAGAACUACCUGGAGAACACCUGUAUCGAGUGGUUGAGGAAGUACGUGUCGUACGGCAGAGAGACUCUGGAGAGGAAAGAUCGUCCUGAAGCCUCCGUGUUCCACAAGCACUUCCCUCGACCAGAGCUGGUGUGUCACGCUACUGGUUUCUUCCCCAGUGGACUGGUGAUGUCCUGGCAGAAGAACGGACAGGAAAUGCACGAGGACGUGGCGGUCACAAUGACUGCACCAAACCAGGAUGGAACCUUCCAGAAGAGAGCCGCUCUGAGAGUCUCACCUGAGGAGCUGAAGGAACAUGAAUACACCUGUGUGGUUCAGCACAGCAGCCUGGAGAAGGACUUAGUGCUUAAGGCCAGUGAAGCACGAAACCAGCCUGGUGGAGGAUCUCUUGGUAUCAUCGUUGGUGCAGUCGUGGCUGUUCUUGCUCUGGUUGCUCUGAUUGCUGGAGUUGUGAUCUGGAAGAAGAAGAAUUCUGGCUUCAAACCAGUUCCAGCUAAACCCAACAGCUCUUCUGACGACUCCUCCACCCACUCCUAAAGCUGUGAGUGCGCUGGUGCUGAGUGAGAGAGACGGAGAAGAAACGAGGAGAUGAAGAACUCUCUCUAACAUCCACACACAUCUGCAGAUCUUUCCUUUUCUCCUGGAGCUUCUAUAGGGGGUUUAUACUGAGUCUCUUAUUCAUGUUAGAUGGGAUUAUUGGGGGGGGGUUAGGGGUUUAAUUCUGCUAGUCUUGUAUAUGAUGGUGUUUGGUUCUGUUCUGUUCUGAUUUUAGAUGAUGUGUAUAAUUGUGGGUUGUGAGUAUCAGGAGAAGGUUUAGAUGAUUUACUCUGUAUAUUUAGAACUAAAUUUACUGUAGAAUUUAUUAUUAUAAUUACAUCAUCAUCUUUACAUUUAUUUAGUUUUAGCUUUAAAGUUAAGAUAGUUCAUUAGGACAGUUAAGUUUUAUUAUUAUUAUUAUAAUUACAUCACAUCAUUUAUUUAGUUUAAGAUUUAAAGUUAAGAUAGUUUAUUAAGACAGUUAAGUUUUAUUAUUAUUAUAAUUACAUCACAUCAUUUAUUCAGUUUAAGAUUUAAAGUUAAGAUAGUCAUUAGUACGGUUAAGUUUUAAGGUUUUUUUCUAUUUGCUGUUUUUGCUUUUGAAUGUAAUUUUGUAUAAAUGUGAGACUUAUUAUACAGAUUUAAUUAAUAAUGUAAAGCACUUAAAUCUUUUAUUUUCUCCAGAUUCUUUAGGAACAGAAACUAAAUCAUGCAGCAGUGAUCACGUUAUUCAUUAUUUAACCAGAAUUGAGGUAAAAAUGAUCAAUAAGGAUCAUGAAUAAGUUUUCACAUUUAUACAGUUUAAAUCUCUCUGUAAGAUCUCUGUAUCAUCAACUUACACAUUAAUCAUCAAUAAUAAAGUUUAUUUUCCCCCUUUA